AUGGCGCUGUCCGCCGCCUGCUCCAUGGCCUCCGUCUCCCGGGCCCUCCGCCUGCGGCCGCGCGCCGCCGCCUGCUCGGCUGCUCGUCUCGGGUGCGGAUUGGGGAUUGCCUGCUCGAUGCCAAGUCACGGAAUGGGGAACGAGAAACACCAGCUGGGAUUGGCCGUUGCGUCUGCACCAGCUGCUCCUGUUACCCCAGUUCUCAGGGCAUGGAUUGGCCAAAUGUGA